GAAAUAUCGUAAUAACUUUUUAUUCAUAAUUAAUAUAAAAUAUAAUUCUCUACAAAUUAUUAUGUUCUUUGAUAUAUAUUAAUAGACCUUUUAGCUGACUAUUCUUAUAGGAAUAUUACUGUGCUAAUGGAUUUGUAUUAAACUAUUAAAUAUAAUAGCGAGUUGUCAUGGGAUUUUACAACAAAAUAAUUAAGUUAUUAUGUCGCAACAACCCAAAUUUUUCAAAACUGCAUCGAAGAUGUUAUGAAACUAUACCAUUUCUGAAUCUGUACGCGAAAACAACUGGAAGUUUAAUAACAAGUGACAGGCUACCAAUUUUAUUACAAAAACAUCCAAACAUUGAUACCCUGAGCAAUGACAGUCUAGAAGGUACAUUGGAAAUAUUAAAGAAGUUUGAUAUCAGUGCACUAGAUGCCUGCCGGAACCCUCAUUUGUUCAGCAUUAAUCACAUAAUUUUGGAUAACUAUGGUGAGAUAUUAAAAGAAUGUGGAUUUGUGAAUAUUUUACCAAAACACAUCAUAAAAUAUCAUACCCUGGUAAGAUCUCGCACCAUAUCUUUUUUGAAAAAGGAAGGUUUAAUUAAAGCAGAUUUUAAUCUUGAAGAAGUUCUUCAUAGCUGUUUUCCAGAAUGGCCCAUAAAGUAUAAAUCUUUACAAAACUUUGCUGAUUCCACUACCACAAUAUUGGUUGUUAGAAUGAGUGUUUUAGAAAAAUACCUGAACUGGAGAUUGUCUGUCACAUCAGAAGAAUUUCAGAAAUAUUGUCGAAAUUAUUUACCUCUAAGACAUAAACCAAUGACCGAUAUUCUGGAAGCAAUAUCCAUAGCAGAAGAUGAAAUUAAGUUCAACAAAGAUGAAAUUAGAAGAAAUGGUUUCAUACUAUCUACUGAUCCAAUAAAGUCCAAACUUAUUAUAGAGAAUGUUAGAACUCUAGCUGGUAUGGACAUUCGUGAUGCAAUAAGAAGUGAACCAGCAAUAUUAAAAAAUAAUUACAAUGCUCUACUUGAAAUAAGGGAUUUGUUGGAGGAGUAUAGAAUAUCAGCAGAGGCGCAACGGCGUUGUCUGAGAGUGUACUGCAUGAAACCUAAAACUGUUAAAGAAAGAUUAGAUGACUUAAAAAACAUGAAGGAGUAUCAAAUUCUAUCAACCAAUCCUAGAGUUUUAUCAAUGGUAGUCCAUAAAAGAAAAAUGAUGAAUCGACUCACAAAAAUUGAGGUUACAAGAAAGCAAUGUUAUAGUUUGAACCGUUUAAUAUCAUCUAGCAAAGUGUUUAAUAAUUACAUAAAUAGUUUCGGUAAUAAGGUUUGCGGGCGAGAUAUCGGUAUUUUAAUAACCAGUUCAUUAAAUGUGGAGGAAGACAACAUAAGUGAAAAUUCUAAUAAUAAAGAAUAUAUUAAGACUACACUGAAUCAACUAAAAAGACACAAAUAUUGGCUAUAUACCGCUCUAGGUAUUGUUGACGAGAACAUACAAUAUUUAAAAUUGAAAUUUGACAACAAAACAAUACAUGGUCAUUGUCAGUUGUUACUGUAUCCUAUAUCAGAAGUAAAACAUUACGUGGAGAUGUUACUUAAAAAGCGCAACGGAACUGAUCUCGAUGAAAACCUAGACGCUAGCUACAACAAUUUAAAUUUUUCCACUCUUACUGACCAGCACAUUCUCAGCCUAGUUUUGUAUGAAAUGGAGAAGAAAUAUCACUUCAGUGGUGAUGGUGUUUGGUCUAACCAAGAAGGCAUUAAGUUAGAUUCCAAGGCUGUGAAUUAGUGAUUUUGAUGUUUCUAAAUAAAACCAUGGAUCGAAGGAUACUAUAAAAUGGCUGUUGAUAAUUUUAAAUAUAUACAAAGUUAUUUCUGUAAUUUUUCUAGUAAAUUUAAAAACUACUAAAGAAAUUUAUGUCAACUCAUAUCGAUUUGGUAUCUUAGCAUCUCUUAUAAGUGCCUUUCGUGGUAUUUUUUAUACCUAUAAUAAAAGACCCAGGCAAACAAAAUAAUAAUGACACUCAUGGGAUUUUAGCUGCUGGCUAACUUUAAUUGCAGUGCCAUCCACCUUUACUAUAUUUGUUAGUAGACCAUACAGUGAUAAUAGAUAUAUUUUUGUAAAUAUGUAUCCAAGUAAGAUUAAAUAAAAAAAACUUCAAU